CGCCGCCAAGGCAGCAUCCUCCGCUACAGAGCCUCGACGCCGCCGCCGCUCCGAACGCCGAUACAGCUGAGAGAUGGGAACUUCCCCAAAUGACAGUGACCUCAAAAAACUCCAAGCAGUGGAGCUUGACCUGUGUAACAAAGACAUGAUGGCAGACACAUCUGAUCACAGCAUUAUUUCUGUUGGAGAAGAAGAGGGAGUGGGCAAUUUCCAACGUUCUCUUCCAACACAGGAGUCGCUCCGAUCCCCUCGGGGCUCCGUUGUGAGUUUCCAUAAUAUCCAGUACUCCAUUAAGCAGUCCAGUGGAUUCCUGUGUAAACGGAAAACCGUGGAAAAGAAGAUCCUUCAUAAUGUUUAUGGCAUUAUGAAGCCAGGCUUGAAUGCUAUCCUGGGGCCAACAGGGAGCGGUAAAUCUUCUCUCCUAGAUGUGCUGGCUGCCAGAAAGGACCCAGCAGGCCUGUCUGGAGAAGUGCUUAUAGAUGGCAUCCCACAACCUCCAAAUUUCAAGUGCAUCUCAGGAUACGUUGUGCAGGAUGAUGUUGUCAUGGGUACAAUGACAGUGAGGGAGAAUCUGCACUUCUCUGCUGCCCUGCGACUCCCCAGCUCCAUCAGUGUUCAAGAGAAGGAAGAGCGAGUCACCCAGAUAAUCAGUGAGCUGGGACUAAGCAAAGUGGCUGAUGCUAAGGUAGGAACUGAAUUGAUCCGGGGAGUGUCUGGAGGAGAACGGAAGAGAACCAACAUUGGGAUGGAGCUCAUCACAGAGCCACCAGUCCUUUUUCUGGAUGAGCCAACAACUGGCCUUGAUGCCAGCACAGCCAAUGCAGUCCUCUUCCUCUUGAAGAAGCUCUCAAGAAGAGGGCGAACCAUUAUAUUUUCCAUCCAUCAGCCCCGCUACUCCAUAUUCAAGCUGUUUGACAGCCUGACGUUACUAGCUCUGGGAAAGGUGCUGUACCAUGGUCCUGCAAAGCAAGCCCUGGAGUACUUCAGUUCUAUUGGAUAUGAAUGUGAACCCUUCAACAACCCAGCUGACUUCUUCCUUGAUAUCAUAAAUGGUGAUUCAACUGCUGUGGCAGCGAGCAAGAGAGAUCACAGACCUGCAGACACAGGGAAAGAGCUGAGCAGUGAAAAUGGAGUGGCAGAUGAUAACGUGGACAGCAGUGUGGUAGAUGUGCUGCACCAGAAAUAUCUCAACUCCAGCCUGUAUCAGAGCACAAAGGAAGCACUGGGGAAAGUGGAGCUUGGACGGGGAAGGAAGCAGGCAGUAUCCAAGCAGGGGCAUGAGAUUACCUAUGCAAAUGGAUUCGUCACUCAGCUGUACUGGGUGUCCAAGCGUUCCCUGAAGAACCUCAUCAGGAACCCACAGGCCUCAGUUGCACAAAUUACAGUGACCAUAAUUCUAGCCUUGGUCGUCGGUGCUAUCUUUUUUGGUGUAAAAUUGGAUCGAAGUGGCAUUCAAAAUCGGGUUGGAUCCUUGUUUUUUGUCACCACAAACCAGUGUUUUGCCAGUGUCUCUGCAAUUGAGCUGUUCAUUAGAGACAAGAAACUGUUUGUCCAUCAGUACACCAGUGGAUAUUACCGUGUGUCUGCCUACUUCCUGGCCUUGAUGAUAGGAGAUCUGCUGCCCAUGAGAACUGCUCCAGCCAUCAUAUUCUCAUGCAUCACCUACUGGAUGAUUGGAUACCAAGCUGUUGCAGGCCGGUUCUUCUUCUUCAUGCUGAGCCUCGUACUGGUGUCCUACACUGCCACAGCCAUGUCUCUGGCUAUCAGUGCUGGGAUGGAUGUGGUGGCUGUGGCAAAUCUGCUCAUCACUAUAUGUUUUGUUCUGAUGCUUAUCUUUUCAGGCCUCUUGGUAAACCUCCCUUCUAUAAUGGGCUGGCUGAACUGGCUCCAGUACUUAAGCAUCCCCCGAUACGGCCUUACUGCUCUUCAAGUGAAUGAGUUCAGAGAUCUCUACUUCUGUGGUGAGAAUCUGAAUGUUACAGCGUCUGUGGAAGAUGCAGGCAAUUGUCCACCCAGUAUUUCAGGAGAAAUAUGUUCUGGUGAAGCAUACCUGUGCAGCCAAGGAAUUACACCUACCAGCUGGGCAAUGUGGGAAAACAUAGUGGCUCUCUUCUGCAUGACUGUUAUCUUCCUUAUCAUUGCCUAUACAAAACUCAGGUUUAUGAGAAAGUUCACAUAGACUCCUAUGUUGCCUUGUUUUACAAAGCUUUUGCAGCCAAAAGAUUUCAACUGACUUUACUGAACUUCAGAUGGGAACACUGUCCCCUAUUUUCUGGAGCAUGAUCUCCAUGCGAUUGCCUGAUUUCAGUGCUUAAAAAGAAAUACAUUAAUGUACAUUGCUUAAGUGAUUUUUUUUUUUUUGUAAGGGAAUGUAAUUCUCAUAAUUCCUUAAGUACAUUUCAAACUAUACAUUGUAAAGUACUAUUCUUCUGUGACCAACUUACACAGGAAAGACUCAGAGAGAGACAUUUUUCUUUUGAACAUGUGAGCUUCUCCAUGACAAACAUGGUUAUGGUAUUUAUGUAUUACUACGUUGUCCACUGUUGGUUCCUGUUAUAUCGGAGGAGAGCCAGAGACAGCCAUAGCAUCUUGGAGAUGUAUUUGAGUUUGAAGUCAGUACAUGGAAUGAGUGCUCCUUGCCAGGCAAGAACAGUUAUACUUCUGGUAGCUUCUCCCUGCAAACUACUAGCAGAAACAACUUUUGCCUGAUUAAGAUACUGAAGAGCAGGGAUGGAAGACAUCUCAUCUAAGAAGAUUGAUAAAUAUACGCUGUUGUACUGAAAAACAAAGCAAAACAAAAAAGACCCCCAGUCUACCAACUGCAAAAAGUACACUUACUACUUAAG